AUGAAUGGCCUUGGGAGAGAUAUCGAGGAACUUAAACCUAGAGUGAGUGACAAGCUGGUUUGUUCAGACACGAAGGAGAGGAUUAUUUUGAUUCAGACGCUAGUCAAUCUUGGAGUCGCUUACCAUUUCGAGAAAGAGAUCGAAGAGUUCUUGAAAGACGCUUUUGAGAAGGUGGAAGAAAUGACCGUCGGAGAAGAGGAUAUGUACACCGUUUCUACCAUCUUCCGGGUCUUCAGGCGAUACGGUCACAAUGUGUCUUCCGAUAUGUUCAACAAGUAUAAGACAGAGGACGGGUAUUUUGAGAAAUCUCUGACUGAUGAUACAAGAGGUAUGCUAAGCUUGUACGAAGCAUCACAUCUUGGGACGAAUACAGAAGUAAUCUUGGAGGAAGCAUUGCUUUUCACGCAGAACCACUUGGAGCUUUAUGUUGGAGGUACUAAUGAGCCACAUCUAUCUGAGCUCAUAAAAAACGUGUUGUAUCUUUCUCAGCAAGAAAACAUAGAGGUACUUGUGGCAAGGGAAUACAUUCGGUUCUACGAACAAGAGACCGAUGUAGAUGAGAUGCUGCUCAAGUUGGCCAAGCUCAACUUCAAGUUCAUGCAGUUGCAUUAUAUUCAAGAGCUUCAAACCCUCGUGAAAUGGUGGGAAGAGCUAGAUUUGGAAUCAAAAUUGCCCAAUUACUUCAGAGAGAGAGUGGUGGAGUCCCUUUUCUGGACAACGGGCGUCUAUAUGGAGCCACAGUUUUCAACUGGUAGAAUCAUCCUGAGCAAGUGCCUUGUGCUUUUUGCCGUUUUGGAUGACACAGCUGAUGCCUACUGUACUCUCACUGAAGUUAUAGAUUUCUUUCAAUGCUUGGAAAGGUGGGAGGUUGAUGCCGUAGACACAGUACCAGAUCAUCUGAAGGUCGUCUUGAGGUCGUUGAUAGACCUUUUUGAAGAGUUAACAGGAGAAGUUAAAUCAGAGGGGAGACUGUACAGCGUGCAAUAUGCGAUAGACGAGUUAAAGAGGCUAUGUAGAGCGAACCUAUCAAUAGCGAAGUGGGCACGGACAGGAUGUGUACCCAACUUCCACGAGUACAUGGAGGUUGGAUUAGUGACUGGGGGAGUAGAGUGUUGUCUUGCAGCCGCCUUCAUUGGUGUAGGGGAGGUUGCAGGAAAAGAAGCUUACGAAUGGGUAAUAUCAAGACCCAAACUCAUUCAAGCUCUAGAUUUAAAAUCACGUCUUAGAGAUGAUGUUGCCACCUUCAAGGAUGAAAUGGCUAGAGGAGAGAUUGCGACAGGUAUCAACUGCUACAUGAAGCAAUAUGGAGUUACCGAAGAAGAAGCAUGUCUAGAGUUUGACAAAAGAAUUAAGCAUGCCUCCAAGGUAGUAAAUGAAGAGUUUUUAAAGACGACUGGUGUUGUGCCUUUGAAACUUAUGCGUGUUGUUUUGAACUUUGGACCGGUUAUCGAUGUCAACUACAAAUAUGGCGAUGGAUUUACCUAUCCAGAGAUGGUGAGAGGUCCCAUUACCUCUUUGUUCCUUGAUCUAAUAAGGCUUUAA